UACACAGCGCGUCGUUUGAAAGGUCGCAAGCUCAUAGGGACAGUGCUCGCUGUAGGAGCAAAACCAAGGCAAAUACAUCCAGUUGGAAUAGCGAUACGUCUUUUAUUCAACACUAACAAGACUUAGACUUCAUUUUGGAGUCAAAUUAUCCUAUAGCCCGUGGCUUUGCUGAUCCCGCACCGAGAGAUUCUAUACAAACCCCACGCUGUCCACGCGAGAUAAAACUGCGCGCGUCCCCUAAUGGCCCCUAAUCCUUUGCUGUAUCAAUACCAAACUAUUACCAAGCGGGGAUGCGAUACCUGAUACGCCUGUCAGCGGGAAAACCGGGCACAUCGCUGUCUGGCGAUCAGUAGUCAAGGGCACACUGGAACUUCGAUAUCGUACGUCUUUAGGCGCAUCUAGCUUCAGAUAAGAUUGAUAUCAGAGGUAGGAUCAGCCGUAGGCCUACCUGGGUUCCCUGGAAUAUGCCUCAGGCGCGCACAAACCGUGCACUGCUGAUAUGGGCUACCUGUGUUAUCCUGUUUGUUCUAUCGGAUGGCAAGGUUACAUCACGUUCCAUGCACGGCACCUCGCCCCGUGAUGAGCACUCCCGCAGUGAGAUCGUCUAUCCAGAGCGUGUUGAUCAUUUGCGAUAUGCACGAGCCACCGGAAACCAGAGGUCGAUUGAAGUGUACAGAAUGUUUGCAUUUGGGCGGAACCUCAGUCUUGUUCUUCACAAGAACAGAUUGAUCAUUCCAGAGAAGUUUGUCUUGAGAACAUUGAACAGCAACGAAGAAGAAUCUAUUAAUAGCCAUGUCCGGAACUGUCAUUACCAAGGUUACGUGGCUGGUGGCGUGGAUUCUGCUGUGGUUCUGGACACGUGUGACGGCCUCAGCGGAACCAUUGAAAGUGGUGGUCAAGAAUAUGAGAUCGUGCCUGUCAAAAACAAGCCAAAAGGAGCUCACAAGAUUUCCCAAGUGCCCAUGGCGCAUCAACCAGCCCGCUUCAAUUGUGGUGUUAAAAACGAGACAGGAAGUCAUCACAUCUUGCCCCCAGCUUUCUUUCGUGACUCGAAAGGAUCCUCCCCAUUCUCCACGCGUGAAAACCGGGAAAGGGUUCGCCGAUCAGCUGCGAUUGAACAUGCGUACAGAUCGUUCAUCAAGACCCCGCGCACCCGAUACAUGGAACUUAUGGUCAUCGUCGACAAUGAUAUCUAUAAAAAGUUUGGCAACAACAGUAGCGACGUUCAACGCAGAGUUCUCAACCUUAUCAAUGCUAUUGACAAAGUUUACCAGAAAAUCAACAUUCGGAUAAUCCUCUCUGGGCUGGAGAUUUGGAACGAGAGCAAUAUUGUCCCUCCUGUAAAUAAAGCGGGCGAGGAUCUGGAGAACUUUCAGAAAUACCGAGAGAAGCAUCCACUCCGUUAUGACAAAUUUGAUGGCGUUCACCUUUUGAGAGGCAAGUUGUGGGAUGACUAUGGCGGAAUGGCUUACAAAACUACUGUUUGCACGACCAAAUCAACAGGCGUCGUCUAUUGGAAUGACUGGAAUCUUCUCGGGCCUUGGUUGGGUCUGUCACAUGAGAUGGGCCAUACAUUUGGCAUGGACCACGACGGCAAGUCUUGCAAGUGCCUCACGCCGAGAGGAUGUAUCAUGGGGCCCUUCAAAACACGCAUUCCUGGCUUCUCCGACUGCAACAUGAGAGAUCUUCGUAAUAUUGAUGACAAGUGUUUGAAUAACGCCCCCUCUGAGGAAAUCUUUAAUCGGUGUGGGAAUGGCAUUAAAGAAAGCAACGAGCAAUGCGAUUGCGGAACCCCAGAGGUGUGUCGAAUGGUUGAUCGCUGCUGUAACCCUCACACGUGCAGACUUUAUGCGCAUGCUCAAUGUAGCGAUCGUCGCGACAAGUGCUGCAGGAAUUGCAGCAUAGCGCCCAGCGGUAUGCCGUGUCGCGCAGCCGCAGAUUCGUGUGAUGUUCCUGAAGUCUGUGACGGCAAAUCGCACAAGUGUCCGGUAGAUGACCUCAAGAUCGAUGGCACAGCAUGCGUGCACCAUCCCGACUAUGAGCUUGUCGGUAAUGAUAAAGAAGGCAUGCGAAUCUCUUCCCUCGCACACCAUAUCAGAGCACAGUUUAUUCGCAUCAACCCACAACACUGGAGCAAAGCAAUCUGCAUGAGGGCCGAGAUAUACGGCUGUUCUCUUGCAGAUUCACUAAAGCCCGGCACUGCAACACCAUUGCGCUCAUUCAACAACCUUUGCUUGUCGCCAGAAUCUGAUCAAUGUGACUCGUCAGUCGAUUCAGCGCUCGUAUUCACCGAGGCACAGUCAUGUAACGGUGCUAACUUCCAGUUCGCGAUGUCCGCGAGCGGUGUGUUGAGACAUACGUGCUCGGGGAACAUGGUGUGUCCGAGGUCUGAGUCGGGGGAUGAUGGCGUGAGUGUCAACAAGCUGGUUGUGAACAACAGAUGCACCGAGGACCAGGCAGUAUUCGAACGAGUCGGAAAAGUGUUGCGGCACAAAGCUACAGGGAUGUGCGUCCACCCCUUCAAUGGCUACCCUAUUAAUGGGAUACCUGUGGUGCUUUGGAGUGGUUGCUCGGAUAGCGAACGUAUUCGCAUCGACUUUGUUAAACAAGAUUGUUCUGAUGGCCUCGGUGUUUCAAAUGAGCGACGAAUACGCGACUACCAAAUUACCGCGUCCAGUUCGCGACCAAACAAACCCGCACAGCGCGUCCGUCUUGGCGAUCACCUCUCCUCGUGGUGUGCUACCAUCCAUGACACGCGUCCGUUCGUCCAAAUUGACCUGGGCGUGAUAAAACGCGUGUCUGCUAUCGGCACCGAGGGUAUCUAUGGCGAAGGUCACGUGACGGGGUAUCUGUUGUACCACAGUGAAGAUGGUCAGCGGUGGAACUUGUUCACAGGGUCUGACGCCUUGGCCAAUAAUUCAUUUUGUUAUCGUGGAAAAUGUGCCUCUACUCAUAAAAGUCAAUGCCGAGACCAAAUAGGCCCUGGUUCAUGGGCGGCCAGCACUGUUCAAGACCAGACGUGCGGAAAACUGCAGUGCGCCAAGCCGGCCAACGCUAGGAUUAUAACAAAUGCAACAGUCAACCAAGGCACCAAAUGUGGCGAAGCAAUGAUUUGCACAGGAAACACAUGUCAGCCGAUUGCAAGGAAAUCGCCAUGUGUGGCGCCCAAUGGACAACUCUGCAAGGGGGUCUGUACUACUCGCGGGAAAUGCCACUGUACAAACGGCAAGGACCCCAAGACAAACUGUCGGACAGCUCUAGUGUCACGUGAUGGUGGGUGGGGACCCUGGUCUGCAUGGACCAACUGUACGCGUGCAUGCGAUAAAGGAGAGAGGCAAAGACACCGGCACUGUGAUAACCCAGCUCCAAGUUAUGGUGGGCACAGUUGUCGCGGUGAAAAGCAACAGCGGAGUGCCUGUAACACGCAGCCCUGCCCUGUUGCACAUUCCUGUCGACAUCUGCAAAAGAUUGGUCGGGAGAAAGGUAUUACUUAUCCAAGUGGUAUUUAUACUAUCAACCCCGGUCGUCGAGGCAACGUCAAGACGUACUGUGACAUGUCACGUGAUGGUGGUGGCUGGACUCUAUUGGUUACCAGUCACACGAACACGUGGACGCCAAGCGUCGUGAGGAAAAGAAACGAGAAUAAACCAAGUCUGGACGACGACUUUUCGAUUCUUUCUGAAGCCGACUCCAUCAAAGAUGAGAUGUACGUCAAAGGUGCAACCUUUGAGUACAGGAUAGAAGCACAGCAGUUUGGAAGAUGGGGAGGUAUCUGGACAGCCCCACGUCACUACACCUUCCUCAGCACAAACAACAGUCAGCAGGGGGUGGAGCUAGUGCGCAGGUUCGACGAGUGGGUGUACCAUGACUAUGGGAUCGAGAAGACGAUGCCAUGGAUACACGGCGCCACCCUGACCACGUCACGCAACGCGACUCAUGUUGCGUAUGGUACAAUCACAGGCAAUGACCCAAAGAGCUACCCGGCGGCAUGGAUCAACGAGAAGGAGCAUGAGAGACACCCAAUCAACAUCUGGUACUGGAUGAGAGAGGGAGAGUACACCGUGCCAAGCUCCUGUUUGAAGCUACAGCAACAGAUGCUGCUCUCAGGGGGCGCCCUGAAAGAUGGCAUCUUCAGGAUCCAGCCUGCAAGGAAGGAAGUGAUUACCUACUGUGAUUUCUCAAGUCAUGGUGGUGGCUGGACGCUGCUGUUGACCAGCACAUCAUACCGGAGUGGAAGCUGGCAGCGAGGGAACUCGUUUCUUUUCAAGGACAGCAAGACUCCAUUCAACACGGACUUUUCUAUUCUCGGAGAAAGUGAAGAUAUUACACAGUCGCGCCAUUUUCAGUAUCGUAUAGAGGCCGAUGGCACAAACACACAGGGCGGUGUGUUCGCUGCUGACGCCGGAACCUCAUUCACCCGCCAUUACGGUGAGAAGCCUUAUCAGGUCCGCCUACUCAAGCAGUUUGGCCAAUGGGAUACAUCCACUGAGAGCAUCACAAACACGCUUCCUCACAUCCGGGGCCCCCGACUCACUACGGCAAGCAGGGAUGACGAAAUGUCCGGUACACUGGCGUCACUGGCGGCCAGCUCGCCGGAAUUUACUUAUAUGAAGAAGGGGAAUAAAAAACCAAUGGUCAUCAGGCUAUGGAUCAGGGAAGGAACCUGGCGUUCAUGUAACGAGAUCCUAUUGAAGCGCCAUCCUCGCCUCCGUCCUCAGAGCUCCGUGUUUAUGAUUCGCCGCAAUGCGUACGAAUAUCUCCCGGUAUACUGUAACAUGACGCAGUCACAGGGAGGGUGGACCUUACUCGUGACCAGCACAAAGAACAACUGGAAGGCAAACCAAGUAGAGUCCAGGAAUAUCCACAGACCCUCGCUCAGCCGAGAUUACUCCAUCCUGGGGCUUGGAGAUCAACUCAAGGCUCUCAGCGGAGCGACGAGCUUUAAGUACAAAUUGGAGGCAAAUGAUAGAGGGCGCUGGGGAGGAGUAUGGCUGGCACCUAUGGAAUACACAUUUACCAGCACUACAAACAUUCAGACAAACGUCUCUCUGGUACGUAAGUAUAACUCUUGGGAAUACAACUGGAGGAACUCCCUUGAGAAGCGCAUGCCAUGGCUUGGUAAAACCAGCGGUCUACUCACUACUUCCACCGACUCGGACUACUCAGAGUGGGGAACGGUUAUCUCUAGUAAAGCAGAGAAUAACCCCGCACCGUGGAUAAGUCCAGAAAUGGUCAACCCUGGAGCCAUAUGGUACUGGAUGAACGAGGAUGACUGCGAUGCCAGUAGACAACCAGUACACGGAGGUCUGUCUGUCUGGAGCACCUGGAGUGAAUGUGGCUCUGUGUGUGAAUGGGGGGUAAAGACGCGCACACGAUCCUGCUCGGGUCCUAAGCCUCGCUGCGGAGGCAAGACUUGUAAUGCAACACCAAGACAAACCACAGAAUGCUACCACUGUCCAAGAAGCUCAAUAAGAAAUGGCCGGCUAUGCAUCAAGCCUGUUAAAUCCGGGUCUGGCUGUAGUGUUUACGAUGGCACUAAGCUUGUGUACACUGACUCCCAGUGCGAUGGUCGUGAUGCUGUGUUCCUUUAUGUCGGGCUGACUCUCAAGCACGAGUGCAGCGGUAAAUACGUCUGUCCUGAAGGUAGAACAGGUUAUGACUUCCUUGUCCUCAAGACCAAAUGCGACGCAGACAUUGAAAAGUUCAACAGGACCGAAGGCAGAGGCCUGCAGCACGUGGCGACGCCUGGGACCUGCGUACAUCCUAACGGGGGGAGCCCUGGGGCUGGCGUCAAGCUCCGACUAUGGCCGGGCUGUCAAUCACCAGACAAUAAACUCGUGCUGGACAUGUAUUUCAAAGGUAAAUCUCCUCCAAAGCCAGCAUCAUCAAGUACCCCAACAGCCCCUAAAACCACCACGAACCCUGCUACCCCAACAGCCGUCAGACCAAGAGGUAGCCCUAUAAGAGCCCGCGGUGGUUUCUGCUUGAGACCUGAGUCAGCGGAUUGCUCUCCCGCGGAAGGUGCACACCUCGUAUAUGAUUCGACAGGUAACCCGGCGUGUGCGCAGACUUACAUGUCUUUUGAAUUGCUUGCUGAUGGCCGACUGAAGCACCGAUGCAGCAAGAAGUAUGUCUGUCCUGAAGAUAGCAACGCUUCGGUGUAUGAAGGAAUGUAUCUUACUUUGAAAAGAUCCUGCGCGGGACAGAAGGCGGUUUUCAAAAGGACAUCGUCCAAAUAUUUGAUGUACGGAGAAAGGUUCUGUGUUCAGCCUGAGAGUGGCAUUCCCAUUACCUCAGGGGAUCACGCUGUGCUGUACACCAUGUGUAACGAUCCGCAGUACCACCUUGACUUCUUCAAACUCCCUCCCGUCAAUUAGAAAACUGGGGCCUGGAUCAAACGGCGAACCCGAGUCGCACCGUUCUGGUUUAUUGAGGUUCGACCAUAAAGCGGUUCCACAAGAAAGGCUGGGUUGACCUUCCCAUGAAUUUGAUUCCUGGCGCAGUGAACAACAUACUAACGUCUCAUUAUUUGUACAGCCUAAUUAGAACGGCACUAUAAUGCGACUCUGGCACGCCCUUCAAUCUAGGCCCAAGAUUACUGUGAUUGCGAGUUCAGUGCACUCAUUCCUUAAUCAUCUUUCUUUUUGUAUAGUUUAGCGUUACAGCUACGACAGCACCUCACUGUAUUUACAGAAUACUUUAUUGCACAGUACAUUAAAACUCUGAUCUAUUUU